UGGUGCGCAGGCGCCCGCCGUCGCCGCCGUCAUGCAGCGCCGGGUGUUCGUGGUGGGCGUUGGUAUGACAAAGUUUACAAAGCCUCAGGAGAAUGGUGUUGACUAUCCUGAGAUGGCUAAGGAGGCAGGCCAGAAUGCUUUAGCUGAUGCUGGGAUUCCUUAUUCAGAGGUGAAGCAGGCGUGUGUGGGUUAUGUUUAUGGUGACUCAACCUGUGGACAGCGAGCCAUCUACCAUGGCUUGGGUUUGACUGGCAUUCCCAUCAUCAACGUUAACAACAACUGUUCUACUGGCUCAACUGCUUUGUUCAUGGCCAAACAGCUGGUAGAAGGAGGUUUGGCUGAUUGUGUCCUGGCACUCGGCUUUGAGAGGAUGGCAAGAGGAUCCCUGUCUUCAGCUUUUUCAGACAGGACUAACCCAAUGGACAAACAUAUGGAAAUUAUGAUCAACAAAUAUGGCUUAGCAAGUGCUCCAGUAGCACCUCAGAUGUUUGCCAGCGCUGGGAAGGAACAUAUGGAGAAAUAUGGGACAAACCCUGAAUACUUUGCAAAAAUAGCAUGGAAGAAUCACAGCCACUCCACUAACAACCCGUAUUCCCAGUUCCAGAAGGAGUACUCCUUGGAUGAAGUUCUGCAGUCUCGCAAGGUUUUUGAUUUCUUGACUGUCCUACAGUGCUGUCCCACAUCCAAUGGUGCUGCAGCUGCAAUUUUGGCUAACGAGGAGUUUGUGAGAAGGUAUGGGCUGCAACCAAAAGCUGUGGAAAUUCUGGCCCAGGUGAUGGCUACUGAUUACCCAAGCACAUUUGAAGAGAACAGUUGUAUGAAGAUGGUUGGCUAUGAUAUGACUAAAAAAGCUGCAGAAAAAUGUUUUGAAAAGGCAGGCCUGAAGCCUGCAGAUGUUGAUGUGAUUGAACUUCAUGACUGUUUCUCAGUGAAUGAGUUCCUUACCUACGAAGCUCUGGGACUCUGUCCGGAAGGAAGAGCUUGUGACCUGAUUGACAGAGGAGACAACACUUACGGAGGAAAGUGGGUCAUCAAUCCCAGCGGGGGCUUGAUUUCCAAGGGACAUCCACUUGGUGCCACAGGCCUGGCGCAGUGCGCCGAGCUCUGCUGGCAGCUGCGCGGCCUGGCCGGGCGGAGGCAGGUCCCCGGGGCAAAGGUCGCGCUGCAGCACAACUUGGGCCUCGGCGGAGCCGUGGUGGUGACCCUCUACGGCAUGGGCUUCCCCGGAGUGACCAGUGCCCGCCGGAUCACGGCUAUGCCUCUCAGCGCGGCUCUUGAUGGAUUCAAGUCCCACUUGGUCUUCAAAGAGAUAGAAAAGAAGCUUCAAGAGGAAGGAGAGCAAUUUGUCAAGAAAAUUGGUGGGAUCUUUGCCUUCAAAAUAAAAGAUGGUCCUGGUGGGAAAGAAGCAACUUGGGUAGUAGAUGUGAAAAAUGGUAAAGGCUCUGUGGCAGCUAAUUCAGAUAAGAAGGCAGAUUGUACAAUCACAAUGGCUGACGCUGAUCUUUUGGCUCUGAUGACUGGCAAAAUGAAUCCUCAGACUGCAUUCUUUCAAGGCAAAUUGAAGAUUUCUGGAAACAUGGGCAUGGCAAUGAAACUUCAGAACCUGCAGCUUCAGCCAGGCAAAGCUAAACUUUGAGCUCAGUAGAGGAAACAGUCAGCACUUAAUAUUCUUGACAGAAAAAGUAGAAUGAAACUAGACAUUAUCAAUAGUGUGGUGCAGGCUGGGUUUGAUUGGACCUCUCUCACCUAAAUCAUGUGGUUAGAGACCUUAAUUCUUUUAAACUCCAUCAGUUUCUCUGUGGCAAGGAUGCAUUCUAACAAAUAGUGCUGCUGCUUAUUCUAAAAUGAUCUUCCAAAGGGGAUCUCUAAGAGGUUUUCAAGAAUGGCCUUUAGGAAUUUGCUGUAAAAUACCUUUUCUUAUUGCUACUUUGGAAUUCAAGUAAAAUAUCCAGAAAUAGGAUCUAGAAGGUUGCUUCUAGAGAAUCAUAAGAUUUGAUGAUAUUUUACCUUGAGAAAAAGAUUAGGUUCACCAGAAGAACUGAGAGGGAGUGGGACCAACAUUUUACCUACUUUCUCCUGAGAAAAUCUGGUGUUGAUCUGAUGAAAUUCUUACCAGUAAUGUAAAAAGCUUUUAACUUCUGUUUGGUGAAAAUGUAUUCUGGUUGGAAGUUUAAUAGAAAAUUAAAUAUACUUUUCCUGUUC